AUGACCGCCAGCAUCGGCUCGAGCUCGAGCUCGUCGACCACGUUCCGCCUCCUCCUCUUCCUCGUCUUUCUGCUCCUCCACGGGCUGCUCAUCCCCGCCGUGUCCGCAGACUGCGAGUGCGGCUACGCGGCCUCGAUCGGCACGGGCCCGGACGCGGUCGAGCACGUCUUCACCGACCUCAUCGAGACCGACUUCUCGCGCCUCGCGGACGUGGCCGCCAACACGGACUGGCAGCGCCAGGCGUUCAACCUGAGCCGCGAGCGGGCGCGGGGCGCGUACGGCGAGAUGUUUGCCGUCGAGAACAUCGCCGCGAACCCGAGGAAGGGAAGCGAGGGGGAGGAGCAGGAGGGGGAGGAGGAGGACGCGGGCCUGCGCCUGGUGGUCAGGAGCGACGUGGUCAACGACAUGGUGCCCGUGGCCGAGAUCGACACCAUGAGGCUGGACGUGCUGUACGGGACGUUCAGGGCCGGGCUGAAGAUCACGGACGUGCCGGGGACGUGUUCUGCUUUCUUUUGGGAGAUCGACAUGGAGUUCCUCUCCAAGGACUUCAACGCCGCCAACGGCACCUUCCCCGUGAACCUGGUCCUCCAGUCGAGGCGGGCCGCCGAGUCCGGCUUCGACGCGCAGCGCGCGGGGACCUUUGUCCGGGCCAACCUGCCCUUCGACCCGACGCUCGCCUUCCACGAGUACCGCAUCGACUUCCUGCCGGGCCGGGUCCUCUUCUACGCCGACAACGUCGUGCUCGCGAGGAUGCAGGACGACGACGACGACGACCAAACUGGUGGCCACGACGAUGGCGACCGCUCCGGCUCCGGAGAGGUUGCUGCUGCUGCUGCUGCCGCUGACGCCGGUCCCGUGGUGCCGCGGCACGCGGGCCACCUGGUGCUGCAGCACUGGAGCAACGGGAACCCGCUGUGGUCGGGCGGGCCGCCGGCGCCGCGGGGGGCGGGCGGCGGGCGCGACGCCGUGACGGCCGUGGCGUACGUCAAGGCGUACUUCAACUCGUCGGCGGGCCGGAGGCAGGAGGACUGGCGGCGGCGGUGCGGCGGCGACGACGACCCCGGGCGCGAGAAGAAGGCGGCGGCGGCGGCGGCGGCGGUGUGCCGGAUCCCCGAGGUCACGGCCGCGAACCUGAGCGCGCGCGAGUUCUUCUUCAGCGCGCACCCGCGGAUGGUGCCCAACCAGACCGUUUCCAGGAACGGCGGCGGGCGGUGGAGAGGGGGAUCUGGCGGCGGGGUGGUUUGGUCGGCGUUCUUGUUCACGGUGCUGGUUCUUGUUGUUGUUCAGGGGGGGGAGAUGAUGUUUGGUGCUUGGUGA